AUGGAGUGCAACAAAGACGAGGCUGUGAGGGCUAGACAAAUGGCCGAAGCUAGAAUGCAAAGAGGUGAAUUUGUGGAAGCGCUCAGGUUUGCUGCCAAGGCUAAAAAACUUUAUGCUGAUGUUGAAAAUAUUACUCAGAUUCUUACCGUCUGCGAGGUUCACAAUGCUGCGCAUAAAAAACUCUCUGCCUCUGCUGACAUGGACUGGUAUGCGAUACUUCAGAUUGAAAAGUUGGCUGAUGAAGCAGUCAUAAAGAAACAGUACAGGAGGCUUGCAUUGCUACUUCAUCCUGAUAAGAACAAGUUUGCUGGCGCAGAAGCUGCUUUCAAGUUGAUUGGGCAAGCCAAUGGAGUGCUGAGUGACCGAGCAAAACGUUCUUCGUUUGACAAGCAGUUUGGAAUCUCUGCGAGAGGUGCUGCGCCGAAGGCCACUGCAAAAAAACAUCAGAAGAGUUCUGAAACACACCAUAAUUCAGAUGGAAAUGUGUUUACUGCAAAAUAUGAUGAAAAUGCAACAAAUUAUCAGAAUAAAUCUUUUCCGAACCCCGAUUGUUUCAACAACCAAGUUGGACUGAUAACAUUCUGGACAUCUUGCGUACAUUGUAAUUCCAAGUACCAGUACUGCGUAAAAUAUGUGAAUGCAAACUUAUUGUGCCAACAGUGUUUGAAGCCAUUUAAAGCUCAUAUUGUUAGUUUUGGACAAGUGGGUGUCUCAUCGUCAAUGUUUACUUCAGAAAAUAUCCAGAACGAAGCUCCAGUUCGUGGUCCCUCAAAACCAGAUUCAAAAACCACUGGUGGAAAACCCCUAGGUAGAGAACGUACUGCCACGUUUGCGCGGUCAAAUACUGCUUCCAUGAAAAAAUGUGCUGCUGGAGUUGAUGCGCAUUGUAAAGGUGAAAAGAGUAAAGAUGGCUGUGUUCCUGUAUUCAAAGGCAUGGAGUCACAAUCAUAUAAAAAUGUUGGAAGUAAGAGAGUAAAGCAGUCAGCACCAGAUUCAGGAGAAAGCUUCAAAGCUAGAACUGGUGAUGAGAUGAGAGAUGCCAAUGUCCGAGAAAACGAUCUUGAUCCUUCAAGAGUUAAUGCUAGGAGAUCUACAAGGAGAAAACAACAUGUUUCAUAUGUGGAAACCUCUGAAGAUGACGAUCUCGAAAUUCCUUCCAAAACGCCACGACCAAAUGAACCGCUUAAUGCCGAUGACGUUGAGAAUAAGAAUGUUCCCGCAAGUAAUGGAUCAUCCAAUAGCGACAAUCCAGCUACUUCAGCUGCUGGUGUGGCUGAUCAGAACAGAGAGAAGGUAUCCAAGUCAAAAGAGGAAAACUGCUCGCCAGUGAAUUCAAAUGUUCCUUCUGCUUCAAAUAUAUUGCCUUGUUUUGACGCAGAUUUCAAUGAUUUUGAAAAGGAUAAGGAGGAGGAUUGUUUUGCUGUUAAGCAAAUGUGGGCAGUGUAUGAUAACUUCGAUUCGAUGCCAAGAUUUUAUGCUAUUGUCAAGAAAGUGAUUUCCCCUUUCGAGUUGCAGAUUACUUGGUUGGAACCUGAUCCAGACGACAAAGACGAGCUUGAUUGGCAUCAUGCACAUUUUCCUAUUUCAUGCGGUAAGUUCAGACUCGGUCGUUCUCAGAAAAUUUCAUGUCGUACUGCGUUCUCUCAUCAGGUGCAAUGCGUCAAAGAAACUGGCAAACGUUCUUACCUGGUAUGCCCUAAUAAAGGAGAAACUUGGGCAAUUUUUAGAGAUUGGGAUAUCAAAUGGAGUUCUAAUCCAAAAAAACGUUCCGAGUAUGACUAUGAAUAUGUGGAAAUCCUUUCAGAUUUUUCUAAAGAUGUUGGCAUCGCAGUUGCAUAUCUGCGCAAAGUGAAAGGAUUUCUUAGCCUCUUACAGAAAACUGGGAAGAAUGGAAUGGACAUAUUUUAUGUCGGGCCUAAUGAGCUAUAUAGGUUCUCGCAUCAAAUUCCUUCGUAUAAGAUGACUGGUGAUGAAAGGAAGGGUGUUCCAAGAGGAUCUUUUGAAUUUGAUCCUGCUGCCCUGCCUACUAAUUUCUUUGAAGCUGCUGAUUGGGCUAAAUUUCAUCAUGAAUAUCGGAAACAUUGA